AUGGCAGACGCCGCGACUCCGACCGCCGACUGCGAACAAGAAGUAGCCGUUGCCGCCGCUGCUGCUGCUGCUGCUGAGCCCGUAGCUGAGCUCGUGCCGCAAAACCCUCCAACAUCACCCACCGCCGCCAUGGGAUCCAGCGGCGAUAACUCCGCCCAGGGGGCACAGCCGUCGGCUAUGCGGUGCUGCUGUGGAAGGGAGGACUGCGUCUAUCUUAGGCACAACUGUACUCUCCUCAAGAGUGUCGAGCGCGAUGUCCAUACGGCCGCCAAAAUGGGCCAGACUCUGCUCAUCCGCCAUGAAGCCUACAUGGCCGCCGCCGAACGCGACCGCGCCGAACUCACCGCUCGCAUUGAACAGCUGGAACGCGAAAAUGCAGAGCUCGAGGAGAAGAACAGGGAAACGAUACACGAGAAUUACAGCCUCCAUGCCGAACUCGAGUCGCUCAAUGACACCGUCCGAGAGGCCGACACUCGCAUUGACUACCUCGAGACCACCCUGCGCGAGUCCCAGCGCGAGAUCCGCCGACUGGAAUUGGCGGCGGAGAGGGCAGCGACCCUGGAGAAGCAGCUCUCCAUGCUCGAGGAGGAGCAGGCGACACUACAGGCGACCUUGGUCAAUACACAGGAGGAGGCGCGCACCGCCAUCACACGUUGGAAGCAGGCCGAAAAGGGAAUCAACGACUUGCAGGAGCAACUGGAGCGCAUGGAGAAGGAAGCAAAAGAAGAACGGGAACGACACGCCGAGGUUAUCGGCCGUAUCGAAAAACAACGAGAAAUGGAAAAGGAGCUCAGCACGGCAGCAGGCAGACUUAAGGGUGCUGCCGCUGUCAAGUCCCUAUCCGACACCAAGAGCACGCGCAAUGUCGUGUCGCAUUUUGUACGCGACCUCUUGCAGGACAACGCCAACCUACAACUGGGCAUUGCCGAACUGCGUGAGAUGCUAAUGAACUCACACGACGAAAUCCAACUCUUACGGGAACAGAUACAUUAUCACCAGCCGUCAUCAAGUAAUCCUAAGCAGUUGGGUACCGUAUCAACACUACAGACCGAAUUCGACGAUCCAGACUCGGCCAAAACACCAAAGAUCUCACAAGCCGUACACGUCCACCACCAUUACCAUAUCGCCCAGAAGGGCGAGUCACGAAAACAAAAGAAGAACAGGAGAUCCAUGACUUCAGGUACCUUUUCGCCGCCACACAUCAUCUCAGCACCUACAACACCAGUAUCCUCCCAGAAUCCCCAAUGGCAGGCGGGCCGUGGCCUUGGGCCACCCUUUAUCCCGCGUCACAGUGCUCACGAUUCCACCUCGACAGCAGCAGGCCGUUGGUCCCUAAUCUCCGAAAUGCCCUCCGAAUUCGCGCCAUCCUCCGCGCCGACCUCUCCCCAAUCGAACCCCCGGCGCAAUUCCGUCUUCGACCGCGGCAUCAUUGAGGUGUCGGUCCCCAACUCUCCCACAACAAGUGUCGAUCCAACUUCCCCCGAAUGGAACCGAAAGUCGCACCGCAGACAGGCAUCCCAAUGGUCGACUCGUAGUACGGCCAUGCACAAUUCCGGCACCUGUUCACCACCAUAUCCCGGCCACCGUUCGCUAGCCGGUCUCGUUCUUGCCGAGGAGCUCAACCAGGCCAUGGGCGCCUACACCACCGACGACGUACCCGACAUGGCCCACGGGGUUUCCUCCGCCGAAGACGACACCGUUGAGACCAUGAGCGCAAAUGGCGAUGUCGAUGACCCGGAAAUUGUGACCGACGACACGAUUCACAGAGAUCUCGACUUCCACCCCGAAGCGGCAGAGCAACGAACAGGAGGACUCCGACGGAUGACCUCACACGAAUCCAUCAUGUCCCUCUCCAACGGUCUCGACAUCCACACCCUCAAGGUCCGCCCGAGCCAACUGACCCUGCGACCCCUCGGCCUCAGUGCCGCCGGAACCGGAAUCAGCAACGUCACGGCCAUGCCGACCAUCUCGGCGCGCGGUUCGCGCGGAAGCAUGCACGCCAGAGAUAAUUUGGCCCUGGUAGGACAGCGCCUACCCCGACCCGUAUCCACCUCCCAGAAUAACAAACGUCCCUCGGUCGCCGAGCCGCCCUUCUUCCUCAAUCCCAAUCGUCGCGCCCACACUGACGGUUUGCAUAUGUCCUCUUCUGUGCGAUCAACAGCCUCCCGUCAGCUGUCUCUUCCUACCUUGGGUAGGCUAGUCUCAUGGCGGCCUUGGAGCCAGAGUUCUAGCCAGCCGACUACCGCAAUCGACGCAGCACCCGGAACCACGGGAAGAUCAACAGGACUGGAGCCAACCCCGGAACUCCCCGAGCCCACAUCCACCCCGGUUGGAACAGGAAGCACAGGCGCAGGCACCGGCCUAGGCAUCGCCAUUGCUGCAAGCGACGGCAAGUCAUCCUACCGAAGCGUCAGCUCGUCCACCACCACUGGCACGGCCGGCACGGCAACUACAACCACCACCACCCCCCUGUCGUCUUCCUUGCGGUCCGUGUCCUCUGCAACGACGGGGACUACCAUCAAGCCUAGGGCGCCGGGCAUCAAUCAACCCGGCGUGAUCCCAGGGUUUCUGUCGAGGAAGGGUGGGUUGCCGAGUAAGGUGACGGUGGAGGCGUUGGAUGUGAGUCAGCUGGGGAGUAUUGAGGAGGCUUUAAGGGAGGGAAUAUAGGGGUGAUGAAGAAGGGGAUAUAUAAAGGAAAGGAAUUAAUGAUGUGGAAUGAUGGCUGCUGUAGAAGGAAGGAAGGGAAAAUACGACGAAAAGGUUGCAAUAUUACUACAUCAUAACUUUUUUUUUUUUUGUUUGGAUACAG